CUGCCUUUUUUUUCUUUCCUUUCCAUCUACGCCUCUCUCUCUUUCUCUCUCUCUCACACACACCUGCAAUCUUAUCUCUCAACAGACAUUGGUAGGAUUAGCAAAAGCUUCCUUUCUUUCUAAAGAAGAAAGGAAGGAGAAGGAGUACCAUAACAGCAAAUGGGGUGCACCAGUUCCCGUGACCAGCACCCGUCUUCUUCGGUAGUUCCUCGCUCUGUCUCUCUCCCAACACCUCUCAUUCACCAUCCACCUCUACACAAAGGAGACACUCACCAUCUCGUCUCUCUCACUUCCACCACCUACGGCUCUCUUCAUCUUCCCCCUUCCAAAUCCAACGGCCUAGAUUCAUCCUCCCCAACAACAACACCAUCCACUCCCAAAUCCCCAGAUCAUCACAAACCCACCAUUAUUAAUGCUUGGGAACUCAUGGCCGACCUUGAUGAUGAUUCCUCCCCCAAGAAACACCUACAACCACCUGUCUACCGUUCUUUCAACUCCUUGGUGGGCUCCACCACACCACCCUUCUCCUCCUCCUCUCCUAACAAGCAGCAGCCCACGCCACUGUCGAAGCCCCUCUGGAAACACCUCUCUGAGGAGACCCUGCUCGCAGACAUGGACCCUUCCGUCAUCGCAGCCUUCCGCCGAGCAACCACCAUUGUCUCGGUCACAUCCAAACCGUUGAAGGAAAACCGUCCCCCGCCCCAAGAAGACCCAAUUCAGCUCCCGGGCUGCGCCGACCGGAUCGUUCUCUACUUCACCUCUCUCCGUGGGAUCCGUCGGACGUACGAGGACUGCUGCACCGUCCGAUCGAUACUUAACGGGUUCCGGGUCCCGGUCGACGAGCGGGAUAUCUCAAUGGACUCUGCAUAUAGGAGGGAAUUACAGAAUGCGAUUGGGCAGAAGACAGUGUCUUUGCCACAGGUGUUCGUCAGAGGGAAGCACAUUGGCGGGGCCGAAGAGAUCAAGCAGCUCCAUGAGGCGGGUGAAUUGGCGAGGAUUCUUGAUGGGUUCCCAAUGCAAGACCCGGGGGUUGUGUGUGAUGCCUGCGGAGGCGCCCGGUUCGUCCCGUGUGUGAAUUGCAGUGGGAGUCGGAAGUUAUUUGUGGAGGAUGAAGGGCAGCUGCGACGGUGCCCAGAGUGCAAUGAGAACGGGUUGGUGCGGUGCCCGCAUUGCUGCUGCUAAAUUGUGGAUUUUCAGCUGUCGGAUUUCGCUGCAUUGGUUGCAAACGAUGCAAGUUUCCACUGUUUGUGAGGCUUUUUGGAUGUUGGAGAAAUGAGAUUGUUCUUCAUUUGUCUUCAUGAAAAUGUACAUUGUUUGGAGAGUAUUGAAAAAAUUGAUAGAAUUUGGAAUGUGGAUGAGUAAUUAUCAAAUGAAUACGAGUAGAUAAUCUUGUCUAGAUAAUCCCACUUAUGUACAUUCCGAGCUCUUUCUCAUCCCAGAACGUGUGCCCUGCUUGCUCUUGUGGAAAACACAAGGGCCAUCCAUCAGGUUGGCCCCACUAUUUACCAUGGCCUCAAUCAGGGCGGUUCAGUCAUCAGCCGGGCCACAGUGUGCAAAACAAAUGGAGGACCACAAGAAACUUUUUUUUUACCCAUUCUUUUGUUUACCAUGCAUUGGCCUACCUUAUGAGUCAACCGACUUGCUUUCAGGCCAGUCCAUCUAAAUACUAUCAGGCCCACCGUAUAAAUGGGUUGGAUCUCAUAUAUAUGCCGGCAUAUGGAUGGCCUAUGCUAUGUGUGGCGCUUCCAAACCUCAGAUACCCAAUCUGUUGUAUGUACUUAACUUACUAGUACUAAUACGAUACAGUAUUGGUUCUGGAUAGGUGGUAUUUGUAGGAUAACGCUACUAAAAUAAUUAUUUUCUUAACUUUGAAUAACUGUAAUUACUAUUAUUAUUAUUGUUUUUAAAAUUUCUGUCCUCGAGAAUAUAAAAGAAAUUCACAAAGAUGCUUAUUGUAAAUAUCUGUAAAUAUUAAUAGUUAAAAAAUAAAAAAUAAAAAUUGAGCCCUGCUGAUGUCUCAUGCGUGUGUCGCUGUGAUCAUCAUCAUCUAAGCCUUAUCCCAACUAAUUGGGGUCAGCUAUAUGAAUCACGUUAUGCCAUUCCACUCUAUCGAGGACCAUAUAAUCAAUUAAUCCAUGGGUCAUCUACCCCUUCCUUACUACCUCCACCCUUGUCCUUUUGGGCCUUCGUCUUACCCUUUACAGCCUUCAACUUGAGCCAACUCAUUCCCAACUGGGUUCAGUUCUUGGUCUCCAUUGACAUGGCCAAACCCAUCUAAGUCUACUUUCCCACACCCCAUAGCCUAUUGGUUCUACUCCUAAGUUCCCCCGUGUGCAUUCAUUUCAAAUUCUAUCCUUGUCUUGCCGCUCAUCCAUCUCAACAUCUUCAUUUCCGCCACGCCCUUCCAAUGAAAAUGUUGUUCCUUGACUGCAUGCAUAACAAGUAGAAAAAGGCGCUCUGAUUGGGGUGUGGGUCCUACUGCCCAUGAGAACCAAUCAAAAAGCUUAUGGGCACCUUUUUGUUGCUCGCUUGUGUGGGAUUACAUCUUCACUGACUUCAAUAAAACUAAAAUUUAUGAUUAUGGUCUAGAACAUCUACUGAUGUUGCAAAAAUAAAUGAUAAUAACAUGUUUAUGGGUUAUCUGUAUCCAUUCCUCUCUCUUAGAUAUUGCCAUAUUGGGAGAUACGGAAAACUUAAGAAGACAAAAGAUAAAUAUUAGGGUCUUUCUUUUUGUUGGAACCAUUCUGUGGAUAUGGAAAACAGACAUGGAAUCUGUAGGAAAUGGAAAACUUAGUGUUCCAUAAGGAAAUCUGUGUUUGGCUUGCAGUGCAGUUUUCCCUUUAAGCAGUUGGAAAAUUGAUCUAUCAAAAUCUUUUUGAGUCAUUGAUAUCUUCAUGUGUCUGUGGAAAAUUUUCGAAAACAAAAAUGGAUUCCAUAUAUUUUUCUUUAAAACCACAAAUGUUGGAGUAGUAUUUUUCCGUGGAGUCCCUAAAUUCCGAGGUAUUGUAAAAAAAUGAAUGCUUGCCUACCACCUUUCCAAAAAUAUAGCAGCAGCAGGAGUAGUAACAUGUUAUUGAUGGAUUACCUGUAUGCAUGGCUGUUUCUUAGAUUUUGGAAAAUGCAAAAAGCUUCCCUGAAGUAUGAAAAUAAAGAUAAAUAAAUGUUAUUGAUGCUUACCUGUAUCCAUGUCCAUAUCUUAGAUUUGAAUUCUGGAGUCAUAUCUGGUUCCCCUGCAUCGUUCUCCAAUUUAUUGAUCAUCAUCAUCAUUAUAGCCUAAUCCCAUCUAUUUAGGGUCGGAUUUGCAAAUCUUGUUCUGCCAAACAUGAAAAAUAUAUUCUCAUGAUUUCUUGGAGGAGGCUUGAUGUCCGGCUGCCCACUUGACAUCACACCAUUACAUGGGCUGGGACCAUCUGACACGAUUGCUGCCAGGAGGAGUUCAUAUGUCCAAGGUCUGCAAGUGAGAUGGGCCUUACCUUUGCUGAAGAGGGAGAUAGUCUUGCCAAAGAGGGAUUGAUGACUGUUUGAUUUUGCUGCUGAUAUUUUCUGGCAACCUUGUUUUUUUUUGUUUUUUGUUUUUUGUUUUUUGUUUUUUGUGUUGUAUUUGCAUGCAUGCCUUUUUCCGUGUAAAUGGUUCUUGGGUAUUUUUUCUUCAUCAUCAACAGUAUUGCUUGCAAAUGAUGCAACUUUCACUGUUUGUGAAGCUUUUUGAAUCAUGGGGAGCUGAGAUUGUUCUCCAUUCUUCUUCAUGGAAAUGUACAUUGAUUUUUUAAAUUUUGUGAUCAACAAAUGGAAAUAUGUGGGAUCUUAUUUGGGAAAUAUUUUAUUAAUAGAAAAUUUUGAAUCAUGUUUCUUCUUUAA